UGAGCUCACGUGACCCAGUGGCCCAUAGUUUGCCCACGUGGGCGCAAGCGCGCGCAUGGCGACCGGGCCGGACCCCGCGGGGACGCGCUUCUUCUGCACGACCGGCCGCGGGCUCGAGCCAUUCGUGCUGCGCGAGGUCCGCGCGCGGCUCGGGGCCAAGCAGGUUGAAUAUGUCUCAGGGAAAGUUUUUUUCACCACCAGUUCAGACUUGAACACGCUGAAGAGAUUAAAAUCUGCAGAGAGGUUAUUUUUGCUGGUCAAAAGGCAACAUCCACUUCCUGCCUACCCCAGACACAAAGAGAAAACAUUCCGUGAGCUACAGAGACUUGUACAUGAUGCUCCAGAGCUCUGGCUGGAGGCCCUUUCAACCUGGGAGCGUCUGCUGGCGCAUGAAGCGAAAGAAAGAACGCUUUCUCCAAGAACUACUGCCCCACAAGGAAAAAGAGCUGGGGACAGUGAAGCCCUCAUCGCUAAGAAACUCAGGACAGAGCAUACACUGGAAGAGCCAAAGAGUCUGCAGUCUGGUCAGCUGGGGAAAGAAAGAGAGGAGGAGGCAGUGCCAGGGCAUCGAGGGCUUGUUUCCCAAGAUCCACUCCCAGGGAUCCAGGGGGAGGCAGCCACAGCAGCUGGCACCAAGGACCCAGGCAGUUUGACUUUCCGCGUCUCCUGUCGCUGCAGUGGUGCCAUCGCCAAGGCCUUCACCACACAGGAGGUGAGCAGGCUUGUUGGAGUUGCUCUAAUGAAGCAGUUUGGAUGGAGAGCGGAUCUGAGGCGUCCACGUUUAGAGGUCUUUCUGCAUCUCAGUGACGUGUACUCAGUGGUGGGGAUUCCUGUGCUCAGGGUCCCCCUUGCCAGCCGAGCUUACAUCCAGACAGCUGGGCUGAGGUCCACCGUCGCCUGGGCCAUGGCCUCCCUUGCCGAGAUCCAGGCCGGGGCAUUCGUUUUAGAUCCAAUGUGUGGACUUGGAACAAUCCUUCUGGAAGCUGCCCGAGAAUGGCCAAACGCUUGCUACGUGGGAGCGGACAUCAGUGAUGCCCAGUUGGUCGGUGCAGGGGACAAUCUGACUGCUGCUGGCUUCUGGGACAGAGUGGAGCUGCUCAAGGCCUCUGUUACAGAGUUGCCGCUGCUGUCAGAAAGUGUUGAUGUUAUUAUUUCUGACGUUCCAUUUGGGAAGAAGUUCAAGUUAGGAAAAGACAUCAGGAGCAUUCUAGGAGAAAUGGAGAGGGUGCUCCGAGUCGGUGGGACUCUGGUGUUGCUGCUCAGUGAAGCCCACUGUCAGCAGCUGGUGGGCAGGAAAGGUGACCUCAACCCCCCAGGAGAUACCAGCCAUGAAGAAGAGACUGUCGUCCCUGGUGACAUGGGCAGGACAGACGCGGCACCCCCAUGGGGCUCCCUGAUGCCCAAGGAGGCCCACUGGGUGAGCCUGGGGAGAACAGUGGCUUUACUAUGCAAGUACAGAAAGUCCCUGCCUUCUGGGGGGACACCAGCCUCCACCAGCCUCCUGGCUGCAGAAGGAGGAAUAGAGGGACCCCACACACACACCAGCCUGCCAGAGACUCCUGCAGACCCUAGGCCAGGCUGACUCCCUGAUCAGGAGGCGUUGCUGCAGCGUGUGUCUCUGUGAGCUCAGGGACAGUGAUCUAAACUGCAGGACCCCGGACCCUGGUGGGAGUGUGGAGAGCCUCCCUCCCCCGAGGUGCAUGGGGACAUCGCUUCAGCUUCCAGUCAACAGUUCCCUGAUUGGGGUGGAGAGAGAGCUCCACCAGGUGGGGCACAUGCCUUGCUAUGUGUUCAGUCCAUAUUGGAGCCCCAGUACCAUAUGAGAGGUGCCAAGGCGCUCGGAGAAGCCCUGAUGCUAUAGUGUCUCUCCUCUUACUCUCUGAAUGAAAAGGCAGCAGUGAAAUCAGCAGAUGUGAGGCCCCAGUUACACACACACACACACACACACACACACACACACACACGCAGCAAUAAAUAAGGGUUUUCUGAUGUUCACACCAUCAUGACCAGCCUAGUAAGAUUUUAAUUGUCAGUAGUUUUUUGUUUUUUUCUUUUUCAUUUCAAUGUGGAACCUUUUAUGUCUUCUUUGGAUAGGCAAUAUGGUCCUUUGAAUCCAUAAUUUUCUUCUCCACUGAAAGGAACAUAAUCUCUGUGUGCAAUUUAUUUGCAUUUUAUAUGUUCUCUGUCAGCCACAUCUAUCUGUGCAUUCCGUAUCAUGUAAAACAGCA